UGUCUGUACCCAAAAGAAGUAAAGAACCUCUCUUAUCAUCUUCUUCUCUGUUUCUUUCAUGUUUUGUGAGAGUUUUCUCAACAAUUUCUUGGUCUCUUUAGAGUGAGAGAAACGAGAUAGAGGAGAGAUCUUCUCCUUCUACUUCUGAUUCGUCCAGAAGCUUUCCUAAUCUGAGAUCUGACAUGGAACACCAAGGUUGGAGUUUUGAGGAGAAUUAUAGUUUGUCCACUAAUAGAAGAUCUAUAAGGCCACAAGAUGAUCUAGUGGAGUUGUUAUGGCGAGAUGGGCAAGUGGUUCUGCAGAGCCAAACUCAUAGAGAACAAACCCAAACCCAGAAACAAGAUCAUCAUGAAGGAACCCAAAGAUCCAACAUCUUCCUUGAAGAUCAAGAAACUGUGUCUUGGAUCCAAUACCCUCCAGAUGAAGACCCAUUCGAAACCGACGACUUCUCCUCCCACUUCUUUUCAACCGUCGAUCCCCUCCAGAGACCAACCUCAGAGACGAUUAAGCCUAAGUCUGGUCCUGACCCUCCUCACGUCAUGGUUAAGCCUAAGGCCUGUCCUGACCCUCCUCAAGUCAUGCCUCCCCCUAAAUUUAGGUUAACAAAUUCGUCAUCGGGUAUUCGGGAAACAGAAAUGGAACAGUACUCGGAAACGACAAUUGGACCUAGCCAUUGCGGGAGCAACCCAUCCCAAAACGAUUUUGAUGCCUCAAUGAGUCAAGAUCGAAGCAAAAACAUAGAAGAAAAGCUUAACCCGAACGCAAGUUCCUCAUCGGGUGGCUCCUCUGGUUGCAGCUUUGGCAAGGAUAUCAAAGAAAUGGCUUGUGGAAGAAGCAUCACAACAGACCGUAAGAGAAAACAUAUAAUGGACACUGAUGACUCUGUAUCUCUAUCAGAUGCAAUCGGUGGUAACAAGUCGAACCAACGAUCAGGAUCAAACCGAAGGAGUCGAGCAGCUGAAGUUCAUAAUCUCUCCGAAAGGAGGAGGAGAGAUAGGAUCAAUGAGAGAAUGAAGGCUCUGCAAGAACUAAUACCUCACUGCAGUAAAACUGAUAAAGCUUCGAUUUUAGACGAAGCCAUAGAUUAUUUGAAAUCACUUCAGUUACAACUUCAAGUGAUGUGGAUGGGGAGUGGAAUGGCGGCGGCUCCGAUGAUGUUCCCCGGAGUUCAACCUCCGCCGUUCAUACGUCAGAUGCAGAGUCCGGUACAGUUACCUCGAUUUCCGGUUAUGGAACGGUCUGCAAUUCAGAACAAUCCCGGUUUAGUUUGUCAGAACCCGAUACAAAACCAGAUAAUCUCCGACCGGUUUGCUAGGUACAUCGGUGGGUUCCCACAGAUGCAGGCCGCGGCUCAGAUGCAGCCGAUGGAGAUGUUAAGAUUUGGUUCACCGGCGGGACAGCAAAGUCAACAACCGCCUGCGCCGACGAAGACCACCGAUGGUUCUCGUUUGGGCCACUAGGUUGGUGAGGCACUUUUUUACUUCCUUAUUUUUGGUAUGUUUGUUUUUCUUAUCUAUUUAUGAACAUACUUAAAACGCAAGGGUGUAUUAUUUAUAGAGUACAACGUACAACUUCAUUACGUUAUUUUAUGUAUGAGUUUAUGUAUGUCAAAAUGACAUGAUGAGAUUUUUUGUAAACAACAUGUUAAAAAAACGGACAUGGGAUUUUUAUAAUCGUAAAAACUUUGGAAUGGAGUUUAUA